CAUCCCUACGUCGCAUCGAAAUCCCGGCCAUGCUGUCAGGAACAUAAAAUACACUUCCGGUGACGUGGCUCCUCUGGAAAACGGGAAACCGUGGCAGGAAUGUUAGCUGUGGCUAACAAGCAGUUAUCUGCAGCUGCGGAAUCAGCUGGAGAGUGGAACAGCAGCGCUAGCCUGCCUCACGGAGCUGGAUGGCAGGGACACACUGGUGCAAGAACUUCAGGAAUCACAACAGGGUGUUCUCUGGAACGUGGGACGGAUGAAAGCAGGAGGUGGUAGGCCCAGCUGGGCAUUUACUGCACUGUUCACUGGUGCUGCCCUGCUGGUCGUCUCCUCCAGAGGGUCGUGCAGUGGUAAGAAGAUGUCCCAGGCAGCCAUGGCUCAUGCCACAGCCACAGCCGCUGGUUCUGGGCAUCCAGAUGAGCUCCUAGGCUUCCAGGCCUUAGCCGACUUCUUUGCAAGUGAACGUGCCGAUGUCUGGCUCUGCUCUCUGGUUGGGUCUGUUGCUGUAGGCCUCAGUGGAAUUUUCCCCCUCCUUGUUAUUCCUAUUGAGGCCGGAGCGUCCCUCAAGACAGAGGCUGGGUGUCGGAAGCUUAAGCAGCUCCUGAGCUUUGCCAUUGGUGGUCUCCUGGGUGAUGUGUUCCUCCACUUGCUCCCGGAGGCUUGGGCACAUUCCCACUCCUGCAGCCCAGAUGAGAGCCAUCACCACUACAGGACCCAGGGCCUGUGGGUUAUCAUGGGCAUGCUGUCCUUCCUUCUCCUGGAGAAGAUGUUUCCAGAUGAGAACAGCCAUCCAGAUGAGAACAGCCAGGAGGACUCCAUUGGUAACAGCCAGCAUGUCCCUACCUCCCAUAGCUCAGACUCCAGUAGUGAGGCGUUGUCCCACAUCAAUGGGCACCAUUCUGAUACGUGGAGCUCGUCCUCCAAGCCAAAGAGCAGCUUGCAGCAAGUGCCAAAGAAGAUAAAGACGAUUGGGUACUUGAACCUGCUGGCCAACUGCAUUGACAACUUCACCCAUGGCCUGGCUGUGGCAGGGAGCUUCCUGGUCAGCAGGAAAGUUGGGUGUCUCACAACCUUUGCUAUCCUGCUCCAUGAAAUCCCCCAUGAGGUGGGCGACUUUGCCAUCCUGCUGCGUGCAGGGUUUGACCGCUGGAGUGCCGCCCGCAUGCAGCUGUCCACAGCCCUGGGAGGGGUGCUGGGGGCCUGUUUCGCCCUGUGUGCCCAGUCUCCCAGAGGGACAGAAAAUGUAACAUCGUGGAUCUUACCAUUCUCCUCGGGAGGCUUCCUGUACAUAGCCCUGGUCAACGUGGUGCCUGACCUCCUGGAGGAGACCAGCCUUGGACACUCCCUGUUGCAGAUCCUGCUUCUGUGCUGUGGCAUUGGUGUCAUGGCUGUCUUGUCUGCCAUAGUGGAUUGAACUCAAAGGACAAGCCUGCUUUUACCAAAAGAUCAUUCAAAACUAUCACAGCAACAUCUACUGGACUGGGAAACAAUCCCCUUUCUAUAAAGUUUUAAGUCCUCAGAUUGCACUCAAUCGCGCUUUUUUUUUUUAUUCUAUGGAACUAUUUUUAAUACUCCACCUAGUGCCAAAAGAUCCUAUCAUCAGCAUCAGCAUCGCCAUCAUCAACAUGGAAGCGAUCCGACAAUCAGAACGGCACCUUGAAUCAUGGUACCUGCUUUUUCUAUCAGGACUGUAGACUGUGUUCACCUUGUCUGCUGACCUCAGACUACUGUCUGUGUGGACACUAAUGUGCCAAACCCAGAGACAGACAUUUUGAAACGUCAAGAGAGCUAAAUAAAUCUUAUUGAAGCUUUCAUGGACGUAACUGGACUAUAUGAGCGCAUCAGACCAUAAUGGGCAGACAAUCAGUCUCAUCUGUGUUAUUGUACAUAUGCAUAAACUCACAACCAGGUAUUAUCAGACACAUAUGAGCAGCUAAUGCAUACUGUAUAAACUUAAUCUCACAUGGCUUUACUACCUACCAUACUAAAAUGCAUACACAUGUCCUUACAUUAUUCAAGCUGUAUGCUCAUGUGCUGCUUUCUAUUGGUUUCUCCUCUUUCAGGCUAUUUUAUAUUUAUUGUAUCUAGUCUAUAUACACGUUAGUCUUAUUGGUUACUGUAUCUGCUUGUACUGCUAAGUAUUUAUUGAAGUAGUUCAGAAAGUAACAUGGUGCAAUAUUUUUGUCAUAAAUUCUGUUAUGAUUUCCACCACUCCAUUACACCAUAUUGCUUUUUGUGUGGGGUUAAUCUGUUACAUUUGAUGUAUAUUCAAGCAAAACAAGCAUGUAUUUUUCAAUUGUAUACAAUGCUAAUUUGAUAGUAAGACAAAGACACUCAGACAGAUAUAUUUGGAACUCCUUAAUUAUGAGAGCUUAAUUUGUUAAGGAAAAUAUGAUUUUUAAAUGUAAUAAAAUAAUAUUAUGCAAAAUA